GCAGCAUUGAAGGGAGAAGGUUGAGUUGGCUCGCUAGUUCAUAUUCGUUCGGAUCCAGAAAUUUUCCUUUUUUUCGUAGCUAGAAAGAGGAAAUUGCUUGUUGAUGAUUCUGUGCAAUUUUUAUUUUUAGGCCUCUUUCAGUGGAUAGCUGCCCUUUGGAUUAUUUCGAAAUCAUCCAGCUAUUGGCCUCGUAGAACAAAGAGUAAAUCUUGAGCCAACUACUUACAGUGCCUUCCUGUAUUUUCCCCUACUCUUGAUUGAUGUAACGUAAAACGUGAACGCGAGAAUCUAAUGUUCUUUAUGUAAUUCUCGAUUAUCGCAAUCUUCAUGCAUAGCUGCUCGACAUUCGUACGCAGUUAGACACGAUCAGCAAUGACCUGGGAACAUCUGGAACGUGGCAGUUCGCCCGUUGAUUGGUGCGAGGGCAAUUAUCUCAUUUCACCGGACAUAGCUGAAUUCGUCAAUACGGUUAGCAACAUACUGUUUCUGGUCGGACCUCCAUUCUUGAUCUACCUGUUCAAAGACUAUGGCAAAUUCAUCCAACCGGCCAUUCACAUGAUCUGGAUCCUGUUGAUCAUUGUUGGAUUGAGCUCGGCGUACUUCCACGCCACACUUAGCUUGCUGGGUCAGCUGCUGGACGAGCUGACCAUUCUGUGGGUCUUCAUGGCGACGCUGAGUUUGUUCUGUCCCAGACGACAUUUCCCCCGUAUAUUUAAACAUUCCAGAAAGCGCUUCUGCAUCUCGAUGUCGGUGUUCUCCCUCACGGCAACCGCCCUAUCCGUGUGCUAUCCGGCGAUCAAUGCGUUCGCCCUUAUGUUGCUGGCAAUCCCUGCUACCUACCUUCUGUACAAGGAACUGCAAAUCGUGAAAGAUAAACGGGUCUACCGGUUGGGUGUCCGCAACACCACCAUCCUGGUGCUUGCCAUCGUGUGCUGGAUCAACGAUCGGAUGUUUUGUGAUGCGUGGUCGCGGAUGCACUUUCCGUAUCUGCACGGUUUCUGGCACAUUCUGAUCUUCAUUUCGGCCUAUACGGCCUGUGUGCUGUUUGCGUACUUUUUCGUCAGCGACGAAAGACCCGAAAGCCGACCCCAACUCAAGUAUUGGCCUUCGAAUAAUUUCGAACUGGGCGUUCCGUACGUGUCGGUUAAAUGUUACAAGAAGCUUAGCGAUCAUAUCUAAUUAAGAGAAACGAACAUCGAUCUGUGCUAGGGAAACGUACUAUUCUUACUAUCAAGGGGUUAGAAAAUGAGAUUUAAAAAUUGGUAGCACCUUUUAAAAAGUACUCUCGUACUAUUAGUAGUACAAACGUAGAAAUGAGAAUAAAAGCGGGAAACUUAUUACUCUCACAAUAUUGUGUCAUAAAGCCAAAAGUGACGUUUUAGCAGUUCAAAUACAGCAAAAGCGUUCACAGUAAUUAGUUAUAAUAAUUAAAGGUGUUUAGUUAGCAAUCUCAUAUUUCGUGGGAAGAUUAUGUAUGAACUACUAUUUUCAUGGAAACUAAAAUGCAGAUAAUCUCGAUAGCUACGAAAGUGAUAUGAAUAGUGAUUAAUGUUGUUACAGUAGAAAACGUGCUUUGUAUUUCGCGUUAUUUAUAGUUCUAUAAAGAUGUUCUCAAAUAAAUCUGUAAAUAGUUAUAUUUCUUCAAAA